UACAUUUGACACGUGGAACUUUGAUUUAUCGUGUCUUUUGCAUGUCGGACAAGAUAUGGCGUUGCACAUGAUUACUGGCUUAGGUGGCGGUGAUUUGCUGCUUAAACGCGUUUUAAUGUUUGACGUAAAUAUAUGUUCGCUGUCCAGUGAAUACUGUUUUUAAACUGUGACCAGGUGACGGCGUAUGAAGAGCAGCAGUGAAAAUCUGCUGCGAGUCGAACAGCGGGAGUCACGGCAACAGAACUGAUCUGUUUUCCAGCAAAUAAUAAUAUUAAUAUGUAAAAGGUCUUGGACGCAGCGGAUGGAGGGUGAUUGUUAUUCACGACCACAGAGGACGGUUUUUAAGGAUUUGCUGUUGGAAGAUGAGAACAACAGAAGGGAGAGGUGUGACAAUGAAGAAAGGAUGGUUUCGUUGACUCUCGAUUACACACAGUGACAAAGACUGUGCCGUGGUGUCAGUUUUAACUUCCUUCCUGGAUUCGACCACUGCUGUUCAUUUGGUGCUCCACAGCUCUGUGGUCGUUACACGUCAUCCCAACUGAGACGCAGAACCGCCGUAUGACAGUCAUGUCCAGGUCGAGUCGACGCUACAAACCGCUGCAGCAGAGCAAUGGCAGCGGCUCUUUCAGCAGCUGCGAUCGGGUUCGGAUCCCCCGGGCCCGGGUGUUGCUGCUGUGUCUCCUGGGAUUCCUGGUGCUGGCGCUGGUUCUGGGAGUCUAUCUGUCCAACGACAGCAGCGGUGUACAUGUGAACCGGGUGUCGUCUGCAGAUCUGACCAAAGACAGGUUGGCCCACAAACCCACCAAGUGUUCACCUGCUCAAAUCCGUCGCCUGGCUUCUCAGGUGGACGGGACUCGUCUCUGGGAGACUUAUCUGAGGCCUAUUCUGAUAGAGAGGCUCCCAGGGACACAGGGAAGCCUGACUGUACAGCAGCACAUCACCUCCUCUUUAUCCUCACUGUCUGCUGGCUGGUCCAUAGACCUGGACUCCUUCCAGUCUUCGACUCCCAGAGGAGUCGUCACCUUCACUAACAUCGUAGCGGUUUUAGACCCUUCGGUCUCUCGAAGGUUGAUUCUGGCCUGCCACUAUGAUUCUAAGUUCCUGCCUGCAGACCCCCGGAUCCCAGAGAGGGUGUUUCUGGGGGCGAGUGACUCUGCAGUGCCCUGUGCCAUGAUCCUGGAGCUGGCCACAUCUCUGGAUGCUCAGCUUCGAGCCUUCAAACAGCAGAAACUUCCAGUCACUCUGCAGCUCGUGUUCUUCGAUGGCGAGGAGUCUUUCAAAGAGUGGACGGCCACGGACUCGCUGUAUGGCUCUCGUCACCUGGCAGAGCGUAUGGCCCACACGCCUCACCCCUCGGGCUCUUUACAUACGUCUGUGCUGCAGGCUGUGGACCUGUUUGUGCUGCUGGACCUGCUGGGUGCUGCUGAUCCAUUGAUUGCCAAUCACUUUGACAACACAGCGCGCUGGUUUGACCGCCUCAUUGCUGGAGAGAAGAGACUCCAUCGACAGGGUCUUCUAACGUCACAUCCCUCAGAACAAACGUAUUUCAGGAAGGAUGUUUAUCUGGGACCUGUCCAGGAUGACCACAUCCCCUUCCUUCACAGAGGUGUCCCUGUGCUACAUGUCAUCGCCACUCCCUUCCCAAAAUUCUGGCACACCCUGGAGGACACUGAACAAAACAUGCACCGACCCACCGUGGAGAAUUUGACCAAGAUCUUGGCUGUGUUUCUGGCAGAGUACCUGGGACUUUGAGGACUUAACAUGAGACACGUCUCACCUGAAGAGUCCUGUCGUGUUGACACUAUUCUGGAGCUUUUGGUGCUGCUCAUCAUAUCUGUAACGAACAAGCCGGUGCUGAAGAAAAGCCACUUGAAAUUAUUAACUGAACUGUAAUCAGCUGAACUUGGCCAAAGGCUGAAUGUUCAGUUGACGUUCUUGUGUCAUAUGUGUUGACAUGGAAAGAGAAACAGAGUUUUAAUGGAAAAAUAAUAUGUCUGAGGACAACUGGAAAUGUUUGAAGGUACUUUAUAUUUUUUCUUUAUUCUUGUGUAAAUAGAAAAGAAUAUUUACUAUCUCUGUAUCAUGGAGAUGCACUCAUGUCUUGUUGAAGACCUUCAGCUGACCUAAUGUGAACAGAGGUCAGUGUUGUUCAGUGAAAUGACCAACCUGACCUUUGCUCUACUGGCCGCACAACCUGCUGUUGUUGCCUACAUGAUGUGACUGAUCUGCACUUUUUGUGACCAUUUAAUAAAACAAGAGUGAAAAUCCA